GAUGGUAAAACUUUCCAGCUACCGGAUUUUAAUUACUGAGGCGGUAAAUCCUACUCUCUUUGGAAUCCACUUAGACGGGCUCUGGAUCAGAGUUUAAGUACAGGUAGCAGGGAGCAGGGGCUUAUAAAAGAGCCCCAGUCAGCCGAUGGCGGCAUUACACAAGGGCAGCACCCCUGGCAUAACCCUGAGCCAUGACUCUGUAUGUAGCCGAGGUAGCCAAAGUCCGGGACAAAAGGUUUCCGCGCUGCUCCUUCUCCAUUGAAAGAAUUUUAGGACUAGAUAGGAAGCAGGAACUCAGUCCAGCAGUAAAACUCCACAGGCCCUGGACUGGCUUGUACUACAGCUUAGGUCAGGAUGGCAGCCUGUGUCCAAAAUUUCCAAUUCUGUCUUACGAAAUCCCGUUGCUUCACAAUAUAUCUCAAUCAAUGACAGAAAGGAUUUCAUCAUGUGAGAGAUAUUCAGAGACUGAUAAACCAUCAUACAAAAGAGAACUAAGCUGGUACAGAGGCAGACGCCCAAGGACUGCUUUUACAAGAAAUCAGAUUGAAAUGCUGGAGAAUGUAUUUCAAGUAAAUUCUUACCCAGGGAUUGAUGUAAGGGAAGACCUAGCUCAGAAACUGGAUUUGGAUGAAGACCGAAUUCAGAUCUGGUUUCAAAACCGCCGUGCAAAACUUAAACGGUCUCAUCGUGAAUCGCAAUUUCUGAUAGUGAAGAAUGCAUUCACAAACUUGCAAGAACAGACUGCUCAGUGAAAUUAACAAAACUUUGGACAUACAUGGGGCAGAUCAAACUUCAAUGAUCUAAAAUAAUACUUUAGAAUUAGCAAGUGUAUGUUGUAAGCAUCAGCUAUGAAAACCUCUUAGAUGAGAGUAACUGAAUUCAGCUGCCAUAUGAGUGAUUUCAGCAAUGAUUAAAUAUGAUGUACUCUGAGAUGCUAAGGCCUGGCGUAUGAUUUACCCGACAUGGAGGGUAAGGAAGUCAAAACCCCUUGGAUAUUUUUAGUAAAGGUGUCAGCUGAUGCUUAGUAUCUGACUUUGUGUUGUCCAAAGGAAAUAAAACUGUGUAGACAUGUACUCUUUGUAGUCUUAUGCACUUUUGUACAGACCCUAUCUUUAAUAUGCCUCAUAAAUGUUUUAGUAAAGUCUUUUUUAUGUGACUAGCACAUUAAUAAUGCAAGUGAAACUUACUGUAAUGUAUGACAGUACAUAUCUUAAACUAACUUAGUGAGCCCUAAUUUUAUUUAAAAAAAAUGAAAAUUGUGGUCCUGAUGUGUAUUUAAUGUCCUGUCAUAUUGUCUUCUACCUUUCAAAAUGUUAGAGUAAAUGUUGUCAUUUAUAGUGUAUAUAAUUAAAGAGUUUUGCAAGAUAUGUACAAACACAUAGAAAUCUUCAGUGGUUUCAUUUGAA